AUAAAAGACAGACAUAUUUAAUUUGUAAAAAUGGCCUUUGCAAGUUCAAUACAAAAAGGACAAAUUCCAGUAGGAUGUGAGCUAUGCAAAGGUCAAAAUAAGAUCCAAUUCAAAUGCAUUGAGUGUGAACUUUUAAUGUGCAGUGAAUGUAUGGACAGAGUCCACUUAAGGAUUGCUAAAGAUCAUCAGAUAACUGAUAUAAAGGAUAUAGGUAAACAUGUUACUUUCAAUGAAAUAAAGUGUGAAACUCAUAAAGGACAAACAUGCUGCCUUUUCUGUCAAACCUGCAAAACAUUUAUCUGCUUGAAGUGUGUAGCUAAAGUUCAUAAUGGACAUGAGUUAAUAGAAGAAGAUGACUAUAAUGAAGGCAAAGUAGAAAUGAAGCCAAAACAGCAAAGUAAGAUUAAGUUUGAAAUAUUCAAAGAAUAUACAACAGAUCUUACCUCUGUUCACGAUAUAGCAGUAUGUUCUGAUGGUUCUAUGUGGAUGGGGGAUAGUACCAGAUCAAAGUUACAACAUGUCAAACUUAGGGAGGAUAGAACUGAAGUAAUAACAAGUUUAAAUACUAAGAUUUAUGGAAUGGCAAAAACUCAUUCAAAUAACAUUCUUGUUAAAACAGAAGGUGAGACCAAACUUAAACUAAUCAACCCCAUGACAGAACAGAUAACAGAUUCUAGGUUUGAUGUAAAACCACUGUAUCCAAUCAGUAUCCAUGUAACCAGUGAUCACAGAGUCAUCAUAGGAGCCUUGACUGGAGGUGGGAUAGUCCCUGUCACAGGAAGAAGUGUAGUGGUAGUAAUGGAUCAGGAAGGAAAACAACUCAAGGAAUAUGAACAUGACAAACAUAACAAACGAUUAUUCACCUUCCCUGGAUAUAUAACAAGUACCAGUAAUGGUAAUAUCUGUGUGGUGGAUUGGUUAGAUAAUACUAACAGAGGUAUAGUGGUUGUGUUAUCACCAGGGGGAGACAUUCUAGGAACUUACACUGGUCACCCUGAUGUCAACACAGAGGAUGAUCCAUUUACACCUGUAGGCAUACUAACAACACCAUCAGAUAACAUUGUUGUUACAGAUACAAACAAUCAUUUAUUGCAUAUACUGACUGACCAAGGACAAAGUAUUACCUACUACAACCUCCGUAACAUGGGAAUCAUAUUUCCAUAUUCCCUUGCUCUGUCUACAUCAGGAACUAUCUUCAUAGGAUGUGUAAAUAAAGCAGGAAGUCCAGACACUACAAAGGCUAAACUUUAUGAGUUGGAAUAUUCUGGAAUCUAGUGA